GGCUGAUUUCAGAGCUGAUACACGUGCUACAACGAAUACAAUUAAUAUUCCAGGAUCUUAUAUGAAAAUUGACAAUCAAGAUUUAAGAGAUUUACUGGUAUUUCUAUGGGAUAGUUAUGUUGAAUCUGCAUCUCCAUCCAGGGUAAUCUUAAUUGGGGCAGGUAAAGGGUGUAAGAGCUUAGUCGAUUUAAUUAAUGAGCGAGAUUCACUAGUUAUGCGCAAAGUAGUUUGUUCUAUUAUGAUACCAGGACAAAAUCCUGUGCCAUCUGUCUUCAAAAGGUUGGAUUUACUGAAUUGGUAUACAGAAAAAAUCAUUCAUAUUGGGAUAAAAAACCAAAAAAGGAAUGUGGGAAAUGUAUACGCACCCAAGGGCUCGUAA